GCCUUCACCCCCCCGUUCAAUUCAGUGUGUAGACGUCUCAGAAGAGUAUGCGUUAUUUUCACUUCAACAAAACAAAAUUCACUUUGAAAAUGAGCAAAACGUAAUCUGACCAGGGGUGUCCAAACCUUUUCUGCUGUUGUAUAUGAACUCUGAGCAAUCAGAAACCAUGCUUAGCUUUUUAGAACACUUCACUGGAAAGAGAUAAAGCCUUUUUAAAGACAUCACUGAAGAAACAUGAAAAGCACAAUGUGGUUAAAAAUGCUUACUAAAGGAUGCUCAUGUGUUAUUGUUGCUGAUUCAUUGACCUUAAGAUUUUUAAUUGGUUUAGUUGAAUAAUCAUAACAGUGUUAAUAAGUAUUAACACAGACCUACUACUACUAGACCUAGACUACUGCUGCUAAAGAAAAUCAUUCAGACAGAGGAAAUUAUGAGGUAAGACUGGAACAUUCAUUAGCAAACUAACUGGGUAAGUCAAAGAUCUGGUCAAAGUCUCAAUGAGAGGAAGUGCAAAACGCUUAAAAAAGCAUUCCUUAAACCGGCGUUUUCAGCCCAUCACUCCGCUCCACAAAUGUGCUUCCUCAUUUUGUUCUGUUGAAUUGUCUCGGCUCAAGUGACACUCGAGUGACUCUUCUCUCUUGGAUAAGAGGAGCCGAUAUGAAGCUUCUCUUCUUUUUCAUUUUCUUUUUCAAGAACGGUAUAAACCUGAUGAAAGCACAGCUAACUGCAGAGGUGUCAGGAGAAGUGAAGAUACGCUUUAUGUUUGAUCCAUUCUUCAAUUCCUACGAGAAGUCUUGCUGUAAGUCCGUUCUGUUUAGGUGCUUAUUCAUUGUUGGCAACAACGGAUAUGCAGAUGCAGCUUACAAAGGACGAAUAGACACCCAUGAAUACAGUGGAGCUCUGGAUGUAAGGAUCAGGAAUUUGCAAGCAAGCGAUGCUGGAAUGUACAGGUGCAAGAUCCACGGGAUACAAAACUACUUUUUUUACAAAGAUUUUCAAGUUGAUGUAGUUGACAGAACCCCUAGGCUGGAUCCAGUGCUGCGCAUUCCCAAAUCUACCCUUUCAACUGUCACCUCACUGCACCAAAUCUCAGAGAAACACCAAGAACCACCCAGUCUAAUCAGUGAUUCAUGGCGCUUGAAACACACGCUGGGAACAGUAUUUGGCAUCGUGACCAUCAUCCUCAUUAUCACGAUCACACUCGGAGUGGCCUACCACAAAAAGAAAGCAAAAGACCCAGAAUACGGCACAUCUUCUUUUUCCUCGGAUAAAUGUGGAAGAAGCCUCAGCAGUGCACCUGACAUCAUCCCACCACAACAGGAGCCCAACAGCAUCAUCUACACUACUGUGCAUUUUAAGCCCCAUGAAGAAACAUCUCAGCUGUAUGCCAACUUGUGCCUCCACAAUUCAGAAUGUGCACUGAAGUCACAGGAGAGUGUGGAGUACUCUACCAUAGCCAGAAUGGGUGGUAAGAAUUAGAGCUGUCCACUGUCAUGAACAAUAUGUGACAAUAUUGCUUUUAAUAUCUAAUAUUUGAUUUUUAAAUGUUUAAGAAAUGCUUACAUGAUUUGUUUUGGUGCAAGGGCUCAGUUACUUUUGAGACAAGAAAAAUGGUUUGGGGGUUGUUAUGUAUGAAAACAGCCUACAGCGUUCACCCUCAAACUACAGCUGAGAAUCUGCACUUUGAGCAUAUAUUGAUUAUCUAAUUCCAGCUCCAAUGUUCUGUGGUAGACAGUUAAAAUGACUACUGUGUCAACACCCAAAUAUUUAUGGACAUGACUAUACUUAGUUGUCAGUGGUGGACAGUAACUAAGUAAAUG